GGAGACGAUGGCGCUUAUCCAGACGCCUCAGUUCUUCAUGACGCCACAGACGCGUCGGAAGACCCUCGAUGCAACCAUCAGGAGGCAGAACACACACAGGAAAUCCAUUCUCCACAAGAUGGGUGGGUGCCUGGCUUCAACGAUCGCACGAACAUACAAAGGACAACCACACAAAGACGCGGUUCUGCGCGUGCAUGUGUGUGUUUGUAGGAUUCGGCGAGGACUCAUCCUCCAAGGCCUCCCCAAAGCCCUCGCCGCGAGGUUCCAAGAGGUACAGCAAGAAGUCAUCUGCUCUCGGAGCGGCAGCCUUCGCCGCCAUCAACGUCGGCGAGCGGGGACAGGAGAACAACACCAACGGCUCGCCUCGCACGUCCACGGUGGCUAACAGGGCGUCCUUCAUCAGGGCCGGUACGCAGUCGGGGUUCGUCCAGAAGGUAGACAACUUCAUCAAGCGUCAGGACCUGGGUGCGUCCAUCGGUGUGCGGGUGGGCAUGUCCCGCCCGCCUGGGCAGCGCAACGCGGAGGAGGUGCAGGCCAUUCUCGCCUUUAUGAAGAGCGUUGAGUUCUUCCGCAGCUUGGCGGAGAGUCAGCAGCUGCAUCUGUGCCAGCGCGUCACGUGCAUCACCUUCCCCAAGGGCGGUGUGCUCUUCAAGAGGGGGGACAAGGGAGACGCCUUUUAUAUCGUCCUGUCGGGACGGGCAAACAUCUUUGUGCCAUCGGAGAACUGCCCGAACACGUGAGCCCACGAGACACCAUAGGACAAGAGAGAGAGAGAGAGACAGCGCGGGCACUGUUCCUUAUCUCUCUGUGGCGGGCAGGGUUGUUCCGUGUCGGCCGGGUCAGUGCACUUGUGAGAGAGAGUCCAUCUGUGUGGCCAAGCUGGGCGCAGCCCAGGGGUUUGGAGAGCUCGCCCUUUUCUCGGAAGACAAUCAACGAGCGGCGACCGUCGUGUGCAGUGAUGCGACCGACCUCGUCAAGAUCUCCAAGCAAGACUACCUGGACACAAUGGCUGAAGUGCAUCGCGGCGUGCUCUCAGAGCGACUGGACUUCCUGAGGUCGCUUCCAUUCUUGGCACAUAUCGAUCAAAACGAGCUGCAACAGGUGCAAUCGACAGCACACCUUCCCGCGUGUCUUUCGAUGGCCUUCGAUGGUCUGCCUGCCUGUGUGCUUCUGCAGAUGGCCAAUCUUCUGGAGAAGAAGUUCCGCAUUGGUACCGAGGACCUCCUCGCUGUUCAGGGCAAAGUGGCCGACCGCCUAAUUCUCGUCUCCCAAGGCUGCUGUCGCGUCAUCAAGGCCGUCCUGGUCAGCCCACAAGGCCGCGUUGUCACCGACGCCGACCGCAAGCCAAAGAAGCCGCCCAAGAUUACCUUCAACGCCCAGGAAGAGGAGUCGGCGAUUCCGCGGCGGAAGAGCUCGAUGGAGACGCUGAGGACGCUGAAGCAGCAGGGCCUCAUCAAGAGCCGCUCGCGGAAGCUGAGUCGACUGACCUCGGCUGUGACACCCAACAGGGGCCAGACCACGCGGCCAAAGGUACAUACGCACGGAUAACCAGGUCCAAGGCAGACUAUAUACGGUCAGCUAUCGGGUUUGGUUACUUGCCUGUCUGAUCAGCUGGUGCAAGUUGGCACAUUGCGGCGGGGUGGCGUUUUCGGGCUGCACGAGGCCCUCAACAACCUGUCAUUCUACUCAUACAGCCUGGCGGCCGAUCCCUACUGCGAGACCCUUGAGAUAUCGCGAAGAGCAUUCGUCAAGCGGCUCAGCAGGGUGGGUUGGCGGGCAGUCUGUGUCUCCAUCUGUGCCGGCUGGCUGACAAUUGUGUGUGUUGUGUCUGCAGAACGUCGUACGUGCGUUCGCUGAGCACACCGACGACCUUGCAUUGCCGACAGUUGCCCAAAUCGCAGACGAAGUGCGUCGAGCGGAUAAGUAAGUGGGCAGAAAAGGUGACUUGUGACUGGUGCUUGCCUAGAUGCGCUUCUUCAGGUGGCAGGCCUUCUGUAAUGACAUGACUGAGAAUGUUGUGGUGGAUAGGAUCUAUAAGCGGGCGCUGCAGGCCACAGCAGGCACACAAGCGGUGCGAGAUAUGCGUCUCUUGUGCAUUCAAUGGAUAUGUGCGCUUUUCUGUAGGUGACUCGUGGCGUCCCUCUCAUUGAUGCGGCCCUCCGCAGUUUGAAAGACCCUGUUCUGGCGCAGGCCUCUCGAAAACGGCCCCUUCUCCCCAAAUCUCGUGCUGGCGAACGCGCAGAGCCUGCGUCCGCUCCAGAGACGGCGCCAGAUACCAUCCUGCCCAUCGACAUGGGAGCCCUCGAGGAUGAGAAUGGGCCGAAGAAGUCGGCCAAGACCUCCUGGCCCCAGUCCCACCGACCGCCUUCUGUGGCUGCCCCUGAGUCAUUCGCCGCCCGCAUCGACGCCAUCAUACUGGAGAAGAUGAGGGAGAAGGAGGGCCUUGAGGACGUGGAGACCUACCCUUCGUAUAGAAAGCGAAGGGCGUCAGUGUCGUCCAUGAGCGACCCCUGGCACCGAGGCAGCCCCAGAAAACCGCCGGCAGCACGAGACACGACCAAUGCUGAUCAGGGGGCUAAGGUGAAGCAGGUCGCCGGAUGGUCAUUCGGUAAGGAGAGCGGCUGCGCACGGGGUCUCGUGGGGCGGGUGGAUGAGCGGCUGUUGAAGAGAAUAGCCCUGCUACCACUUACGGAGGUAAAGUUCAACGAAAAGGUGAGAUGAAAACGGACAACCGUCACGCACAGGGCAUGUGAAGUAUGAUGCUUCGGUCGGUUUUGUGUCUAGGAUCUGUACCAGUUCGGGGUGACAACCAGCCGCUAUCUCCAGGAGAUGGAGAACAACAGCUUGUAUAUCCCCUCCACGUAAGUGCCUGCCUGCCCGCCAACAGACACAAGCAUGAAGAGCACAUUGGGUGUCGCGAGGAGACACAUGUCUUCUCUCUUUCGUUUGUGCCGGUGCUGGGCGGUUUCAGUGAGAUCCAGACAAUGAACAAGUCUGCGGGCCCUCUGCAGCUGCUGGCGCACGAUGACGCUCUUGCUGCAGGUCGAUCGAGCGUACUUAAGCUACCUAGUCAGGUCAUCAGGCAGAAACUAUAGGCUGGCAAUAGGGGACGAGUCGUGCGGGCCAACUGGGUGAAGUAGAUCUGGGUAAUAUAUUUUUCCUCGCGCGAACGGAGACAGAUGGUGUGUGUUGUAGCAGUGUAGGGCGCUUUGCUGACGCAUGGGACAUUCAGCCAAUGUCGCAAUGUCUAAAUGCUCACA